GCGUUGUACUCAUUGGCUGGUUUCUUCUCCUUAAAACCACCCCCCUCAUCUUCUUCUUCUUCUGUUAAGCGAUAUUCUUUGGUUAUUUGCAUUUGGCUAAGUUGUUAAACAUGAUCAAGACGUUGAAUCCUUACUCCACCACAGCUAAAACGGCUGAAAUCAUGUCCAGGUACAGGCCGAUAGCGCCGAAGCCUGAGGCGGCAGCGGCGAACGGCAUGGAUGAGAGCUCGGCUAUGUCGCAAAAGAUCAGACAGUCUCCUUAUCUGAGGAAUUUAUGGCCUCAGCUUCAGGCUAGGCCUAGUAGGAGUAGAAAGAGAGGUAGAGCUGCUUUGUCACCGCCAACUCUCAAGAGAGUUAAAACCCAUGUCUUUGGGCUUCCUUCACAUGUAACAUCCCCUUCUAAAAACCUUUCUUUGCACGGCUUUUCUCAUGGCUUUCUGUCGGUUCGUGGUGGAAUGGAGAUUUCUUCUACACAACCGGCAAGUUUGGUUACACUUCCCCUUCUUCCAUGUCCUCCCCUUAGUUUCAUGGAAUCUAGUGCCGGUGAGAAGGUAAUUGAUUUGAACACAGUAGCUGAAAUUCCAGAGGAGAAGGAUCUGUUGAAGCAGCUCCAAGGUACUCCUUUCUCCAGCAGCGUCAUCGCGCCUCAGCCGAUUCGACCAGUUGGCUCCAGUAUCAGUGUCGGAUGCAUCAGCGAGAACCCGAAACUAAACUCGCCGAUGAAAGUCCCGAAGAAACCAGAUGAGGUAGAAGAAGAGGUGGAGUCAGAGGCAUUGCCGGUUGUGGUAUCCGACUCAAACAACAAAGUCAGACUGGCGAAUUCUGCUUAUAAUGAAAUGAUUGGUCAACCAGAAUGCCCAUGGCUCGAUUCUAUGGUGGCGGGAGGCAGGAAGAGAAUAUGUGGGGAAGUGUUGCUUGAUUUAUGUGACGGCAUAGUACCACUUGAAUCCAAGGGGUUUUCGUGCUGGGUGAGAAUCGAGUGGGGAAAUGAAGGGAAACAGAUGGCGAUCAAAGCCUUCUGCGAUGUGAUGAGGUUAUCAUGUAUGUCAAAAGACUACCUGUACGCUUGGAGGUUCCAUACCAACAAGAAAAGGGAACUAUCUCAUUUUAGCACCAAUGUAUGAAA